AUGGACUGGCAUCGCGUGCUGGAGUUUGCAUCCGCCUGGGAGGACGGCCGCAUGCACCCCGGUGUUCGCGCAGAGAUGGUAGCGCAGCAAGAGAAGCAGGCGCUCCAGCGCUGGUCGUCGCUCGCGAUGGUGGACCUCAAGGCAGAGUUCAGGCGACUCGCUGGACGGCCGGACGCCGAGUAUCGUGGCAAGCAAGAAGAAAGCCUCGAGGCUGUGAUGCAGCGACGGCUGCGCGUGCUAGUUGUUAUGGCUACUGGCACCGGCAAGAGUAUGCUGUUCAUGCUGCCCGCGUCCGUCUCGCUAGGCGGCGUCUCCGUGGUCGUGGCUCCGUUGAAUGCCUUGCGAGACGAUCUGCAAGAUCGCUGCGACCAGCUCGGCAUCCCCUGCGCGAAGUGGGAUGGAAGAAGACCGCCGUACUGGGCUCGUAUUGUGCUGGUGACGCCUGAGAGCGCAGUCACGAAGGCGUUCGGCAGGUUUAUUAACGAAAAGCGCAUGCUCUAUCAGCUAGAUCGUAUCGUGAUAGACGAGUGCCACGUGCUGCUGGAGUCGACACAGGACUGGCGGCCAGACCUCCUCAAGAUGGUGGAGAUGACGGAGAAGGGCACACAGGUUGUCUACCUGACUGCAACCUUGCCGCCCACGCUGCAGCCCGCCUUCUUGCACACCGCAGGGCUCGAUGCCCAGACCGUAACCAUAUGCCGCGAUGAACGCACCACGCGAACGAACAUUGCGUACCAGGUGCUAGAGUACACACGUGGCACGCUAGAAAAAGUACUUAUUAAGCUCGUGGCUGCGAAGAGGAGUAGGUACGGACCUAAGGCGCAGAUCAUCGUCUAUUGUCCAACUGUGGACGAGACGAAACGGCUUGCGAAGCUUCUGCAGUGCUCUGCAUACUACCGUCAGAUAGGCUCAGACGAGGAAAAGGCACGCAUGGUGCGAAGCUUCACCCUGGGCAUAGAGAAGCUUUGUACAGCCACGAACAUGCUAGGUCUUGGGCUCGACGCUGCAGGCGUCCGGGUGGUGAUCCACGUUGCCAUGUGUCCCCUGCUGCUCCAAUAUGUGCAAGAGAGCGGCCGGGCGGGACGAACAGGGCUCGACAGCAAGUCUAUUGUUAUGAGAGCGUGCUAUGUAACGAAAGAGGGGAGGGUAGAGAAGGCGCUCGGCUACAAGCUGGAGCGACCUGCAAAGGAGUUUAUGACAGUCGAAUCCUGUCAGCAAAUCGCGAUAGACAAGCACAUAGACGGCAGACAGAACAGGCAGCAAUGCGAGAUAGGAGAGUCGAAGUGUGAUCUAUGCGAGCGACACCCCGGUGGUACCAAGCGACAAGCCGUCGAAGAAGAGCAGGAAGAGCCAGAGGAGACGCAGGCCGACACCGCGGCGGUGGCAGCAGAGGAGCAGCGCAGAUGUAUAGAGCGAGCUAUAGUCGUUAAAGAGCAGAGGGUUAAGAUCCAGCAACAGCGAAGGACGGAACAAAAAGUAUAUAACCUGGAGCGGCUAGAGCAGCACUUCCAGCGCUGGAGCAAUGCGUGCGCCAUCUGCAUAGCCACUCAGGCUGACCCGGCGCGCCACGACUGGAAGGACUGUUCAAAGGCCAGCGGAGCGCAGAUGACAUUAAUGGAGUCUAAGGUGAAAUCUAUGCACUAA